GGCUGAAAAACACCGCGCUAGUGCUGACAGUCGGCUCUGCGGAGACUGACUCCUCGAAGUUCAUUGUUGGUUAUCGUUGUCUUACUGCGCGUUUUAGAUGUGAAGCAGUGACGCUGGUGGCUGCACGGGGACGACAGUACUGUGUAUUUAAAGCCGUCUGCGGUCUAGUCUGGUUUACCGGCUCAGCUGGUCCUGUUUGGCUCGGAGUCUCAGAGGCGGGAUGGACAGCGAGGUUCAGAGAGACGGCAGAGUGCUGGAUCUGACCGAUGAUGCCUGGAGGGAGGACCGGCUGCCAUAUGAAGAUGUGACAAUUCCUCUGAGUGAACUUCCAGAAGCAGAGCAAGAUAAUGGUGGAUCCACAGAGUCAGUCAAAGAGCAAGAAAUGAAGUGGUCCGAUUUGGCCCUUCAAAGUUUGCAUGAAAAUACUCCAAGUACUGGGACAUAGCAGAUUAAGUGUAUUUUUAUAUGAUCAAUUUGCAUGCAAGUUAUGUUUAUGUAUGUGGUGGCUGAUCCAGACUUUAGUUUUUUUGGAUAAACCUUCAGAUGUGCGAAUGAUCAAGCACAUUUAUGCCUGUACAGUUCUGUACACAGAUCUAGAUACUACGAAAAUGUCUCACAUCAGUUGCCAUCUAAAGCAAAUAAUGCAGUUUCUGUAAUACUAUAUAAAAUUGUUUAAAUUAUAUUUUGUGAUAUCUAAAUGGAGAAUGAAUGAUUUGUAUUUGAAACCCAGUUAAAGCUGCAGUUUGACAAACAUCCUUUUUUUAACAGCUCAGCAGAUUUAGAACAUGUUUGACUAAAUAAAUGUCUGUUGGACUUGGGA